CAGUAGGUCUUCGUUUGUAGCCAGGCUGUCUGGUCCCAGACUCGUCCGCCAUGCCGACGGGCGGAUACACCAUGUCUGCGCAGAGCAAAAAUGCCGUCUUUGGAUCCUCGGGUGUGACGUUUCCCACCCGUGGAGCUCGCUUGGCGAACGCUGGGAUGCAACAGAUGACGCCGCGGGUCGGGCCGGGGCCGCAAACGACUCUUCAGCCACAGAUCAACACCCGUGGUGAAUACGAAGAUGUGGAGAACACCUUCAAAUUUUGGGUCUCUGGCUCUGAAGCAGGGCGGAAACUGCUAUGGUCUGCCUGGGAAGCAAUCGAUUACAAUGGAAAUGGGCUAGUCAGCCUUGCGGAGAUUGACAAAUGGGUGGUGGAGUCCUACCCAAAGCUGAACAACAAGCCAGCUUUGAUGCGCGCAGACAAGUCGAGCGAUUUGGACCACAACAGCUACGUCACCAAGCGUGAGUUCCCGGUUUUGUUGAGGAAUGUGAUCUAUUUCAACAAAGUUUGGACAGUCUUCGAAACGAUGGAUGUUGAUGCCGAUCGCCGAUUGGCUUUCCCAGAAUUUCGCCAAGGGCUGUCCUUGCUUGGGAUGACCUCGGUUGUGAAUCCCCGUUCCCUGUUUGACAGCCUGGACAGGAACCGCGGUGGGCUGGUGCUUUUUGAUGAGUUCUGUCGAUGGGUGGCCUCCGUGCAGUGCCCUGUGGAUGGAGCCGUUUAUGCUCCACAAAUUACCAUGGCUGGAUCGCCCUCUCCGAAAGGCCAUCACAAGGGAUUGGUUCAACACAGUCACUCUGUGAAGACACAAUUGGAGAAUCAGUUCGAAGUUGCAGAGAAGAAGAUUCAAACUUUGCUGAAGGACACCCGUCAACUCAAUCAGCUAUGGCGAACCAUGGACUACAAUGGCAAUGGGCUGGUGAGCUUGGCAGAGAUGGACGGGUGUGUGACAGAAGAGUUCAAAGAGUUGAACAACAAGCCCGCACUGAUGCGUGCAUACAAAGCCACUCUGCGCAAUGCAGAUGGAUAUGUGCAUAAGACUGACUUUCGCGUGCUUUUGCGCAACAUGUUCUACUUCAACAAACUCUACACCCUUUAUGAGAUUGUUGACCAUGACCAUGAUCGGCGGAUGGACUUGACGGAGUUUCGCUCGGGAGUGUCCUUCUUGGGUUUGAAGCUAACACCUUCACAAGCCUUUGACGAGUUCAAUUUCAUGGAUGCGAAUGGAGGUGGCAUGGUGCUGUUCGAUGAAUUCUGCAAAUGGGCAGCGGCGAAGAAAUUGCCGGUGGAAUGAAGAAUCGGGAAAAGAGCGCGUUGCGCUUCCUUCGACAAAACUUUGAGCUGAAAAUCAGCUCAAAAAGACUUUGAAUUCCAAUUUGCCCACUACGAGGCAAAUUGCCAGGCGUCCCAAAAGGGCAACGCCUGUCACUGUGAAUUGGCUUGGCUAUCACUGAGAACCGAGCUUCCGGAAGAAAACACCCAAACAACGAGUCCUUCUCGCACGGCUCAGGAGGUUCUGUCGUAGCGUUGCACUCCAAACGUCGC